CGCGCACUCAGUCGUGGUAUCGAACGCCGGUGCGUCUGUGUUCAGUACUUUAGUGUCAGAGUGUCAGACAGUUGUCAGUUGCUAGCGGCGGCGGACGAGCGCGUGUGAUUCAAGUAAACAGUGUGCGGAGCUUCAACCAUGGCUCUGCUUCGUCGGCUGGCUGUGAACGCGCCCCGAGGCGUCCGGAUGCUGUCCACGCCGCCACCGACCCGUGACGAACUCGACCUAACCUUCAACAGCCCCAAAGACGCGUUUAAGAGCAAAAAAACGAGCGAACUAAUCCGGGCGUACCUCGUCUACCAAAUAUGCUCAUUCAACUGGAUUGUCGAGAACAAUGACAUGUUGAUGAAGAGACUGCGGCAAGUGGUGGGUCAGAGGCUCUUUGAAGUUAUCAUGAAGGCAACGUUCUACGGGCAGUUCGUCGCCGGCGAAGACCAGAUUAAAAUCAAGCCUACUAUUGACAGGUUGCGCUCGUUCGGUGUGAAGUCGAUCCUCGAUUAUUCUGUAGAGGAAGAUAUUAGUCAAGAAGAGGCUGAGAAACGCGAAGUCAGCGCUUCAAUCUCAACAUUCGGCGACCAGGCGGAGGAAGGGCAGCUGAAGCAGUACCACGUGGAGCAGAGGUUCGCGGACAGGCGGUACAAGGUCACCAGCGCCAGGACUUACUUCUACCUUAACGAGGCUUCUUGUGAGAAGAACAUGGAAGCCUUCAUGAGGAGCAUUGAUGCCGUCGCAGAAACAACCAAGAGCACCGGAUUAAUGGCAAUCAAACUGACAGCUCUCGGAAGACCACAACUGCUCCUACAAUUAUCAGAAGUGAUAAUGAGGGCGCGUAGUUACAUGCAGCAGAUUGCUGGCGGCACGGGCAAUGUGCUCACACACCACAAGACCAUCGAGGACCUGCAGAGGUAUCUUGGCGACUUGAGCUCCAAACCUGAAGUACAGGAGUUCAUGAAAAAGGUCACAUCGGAUAAAGAAGGAAUCGUCCAUUUGUUCCCAUGGUCCAACAUUCUAGACAAAGAUAUGGGUUUGUCGGACUCGUUCCGAGUUCCAGACCCGAAGACAGGUCAAAUGCGCCGAUUGAUCUCCCAAAUCUCUCCAAAAGAAGAGGAAAUGUUCAGAAACAUGUUGCGUAGACUGAAUGCUAUUAUCAAGGUCGCCAAUGAUCACGAUGUCAGGAUUAUGAUCGAUGCUGAGCAAACUUACUUCCAGCCGGCAAUUUCAAGGAUCUGUUUGGAAAUGAUGAGGAGAUACAAUAAAGAUAAGUUCCUAGUAUUCAAUACAUACCAGACCUACCUGAAGAACACCUACAACGAAAUCGUAACAGAUUUGGAGCAGGCUGAGCGACAGAACUUCUACUGGGGAGCCAAGCUCGUCCGUGGCGCUUACAUUGAGCAAGAGCGCGCCCGAGCGGCAGCGAUGGGCUACGAAGACCCUACGUGUGAGAGUGUAGAGGCUACCACAACGUCCUUCCACAAAUGCCUCAAGGAAAUUCUCAGCCGAGUCAAGAAUGAGCAAAAGGACCGUCUCGGCAUAAUGGUUGCGUCGCACAACGAGGACACAGUCCGCUACGCCAUCCAGCUGAUGAAGGAGCACGACAUCAAGCCCGACGCCAAGGUGGUCUGCUUCGGCCAACUGCUCGGCAUGUGCGACCACAUCACCUUCCCGCUAGGCCAAGCCGGAUAUUCAGCAUACAAAUACGUUCCCUACGGACCUGUGGUCGAAGUCCUCCCAUACCUAUCGCGGCGUGCUAACGAAAACCGAGGUUUCCUCGUUAAAAUUAAAAAAGAAAAAGGUCUUUUAUUAAAAGAAAUCGCCCGCCGUAUCUUUACGGGCCAGAUCUUUUACAAACCAGUUGGAAAUUACACGCCCGUGUAAAUAUCCCCUGUACAGUUAGGCUUACCAACUUUACGGGUAUAAAAUAAACAGGCUUUGAGGGUUAGUUAGUUACUAACCCUCAAAGCUUUAGAACGUGAUGUUAAAAAAAAGUAUUUUAUUUGGCGUUCGUGAUGGUAAAUUAUGGUAUUUGGCAUUUAAAUGCCUGCUUAGAGAGUUGCCUAUCUUGUUCCUUUAGUCUGAGUUGAUUAGCAUGUUAUAUCGAUUUGCUAUUUUCUGUAUAAAAUACUGUAGGUAUUGCCAGUAUUUGGAAUUGCCAGAUCACGAUCAGCAUUUAUUUGUCAAAUACGAAAUGUUAAAGUAUUUGACUAUUUGUCAAAUAUUCAAUUAAGAUUUUGGUCUAGUCUGAAUAUGAAAUGAAAUCCCAUUAAAACCAGCCGCUUAUGGGAAUCAGAAAAGAAUAAGUUGUUUGCUUGAAGUAGACAACCCUGAAGGCGAUCAAAUCUACGCAUGCAUUUGAGUAAAAACUAGUCGAAAUUAGUUUGAUUGAGAAAACGCUCGCAUCCACUAAUGUGAAGUAGAAAUUGUCAUAGUUGGUGAGCCUAUGUAAAAUUCCAACGAAGUAUGGCCAUCUGUUGGUAGCAGUUGGUUGGUUUAAAUGUUGGUUAGUUAACUUAUUGUGUUUAUGUUUUAGGAAUAAAUAUAAUGUUGUAAGAUUGAGAUGAACACGCGAUUCUCUUGUUAUGCGUAGGUAUAAAUAUAUUGUCGAAAUAUCGAAGUUAGGUAGUGUGGCAAGCGUGCAGUUUGCGUAGAUUGAGUUUAAUUUAAACUUUAAUGUUAUUCAAUAGCCUAAUAGUGUUAUUAAGAUAUUAUGUGAAUCACAAUUUAACUAAUUGGGCUAUUGAAACAUUUUAUUAAAAAACAAUUUCUGUGAGAAAAAGAAUGACUCUUAACGACCGAAUCAAUAUAAAAGAAGCAUUAUUGUGUAUUAACUUAUAGGGGUCUAUAUACAUUUAUCUGAUGUUUGCGGAUAAAUAUUUAAAUAUAUAUAUAUAAUCUAUUUAUAUAUUUAAUCAAUUUAAUUUGAAAGUUAACAUAUUAUUAAUACCUACUUAAUCAUAAAAUAGAUAGGUAUUUAUCAACAAGGAUCACGAGUUCAGUGCACUGCAUGCAAUUUAUUAUAUUGAAUUGCACGCAUAAUGCUUACAAAGCAACGUUAUUAAAAUCACCUUUCUAUAGCCACUCAAAACUGGGUUGCUUUCCAGUGAUUUUGUCGUUUUCCUCAUUUUAAUCAAAUUUCUUAGUUUGAAUUAAAUAUGUAAAUAAAAAUAAUGCAAUAUAUCGAACCGUAUCAAAGCUGAUAAGUGUGUGCAGACCCAGUACAUCGAUUGCGUCCUUUCAGUAUUGUUAAAGUUAUAAUACGACUUUACAAAUACAAAUUAUAUUUAUGGUUUGUAUACCUAGUCGUUUCGAUUAAAAUAAUAACUUUGGGGUUUGUUCAUUCGGGAUUAUGAAAUUUAUCAGUAAACUUUUUUUUUCUAUGACUUCUAGGACAGUAAGUUUUAUAUACUUAACCUUAUCGUUAUAUCGAUGUUUAGAUCAUGUUCAAACUAUUUAGUCAUAGGAAAAAUAAUAAUUGUUGUUGAGCAUUUUUCUAUCCAAAAUUUUUGUAAGAGGUAGGCACCUACCUUUUAGUAAUCCCUUGAAAUUUAAAACUCCGUAAUUUGAAUGUAUGUAAUAUAAACCUUUAAUAUCUAUGUAUAGUUUUUACCCACUAUGUAUUAAUUUAUAAAAUAGUGCAAUUCUUAGAAUGCAAUUUAUUUUAAGUUGUAGUUUAACGGAUUGAAACAUUAUGUGAAAUUAUUUAAUUUUUAUCUACUUACUUAAUAAAUAUUAGUUGUGAAUAAGCGGGAAACCUACUUAUUUUAAACUAUUUAACUAUUAAUGAAUAUUAUUUGUUUAAGUGCGCUGUAAUUUUUUUAUAUAAUCAGUAUUUUCGAUUAAUUACCUACUCUGUAAAAAAGGUUUAGCUUAGUCAUUGGAAAAAGUCACUGCAGAAUCAGAUCUUAAAAUUGUGCUUAUGAUAUAAGUACCUAGUUAAAUGUGUUUAGCAAUGUUUACUAUACCUACUAUGAGGAGAUAAUAUAUAUAUAAAGAUUUUCUGGCCCGAUUAUACAUCGUAGUUGAUUGCGAUCACGUCUUAUAAUCAUGUUAUUUAAAAACUUUGGUAUAACCUAUUUUCAUUUUGAAAUUUUUGUGUGAGAUUUAUUUAGGUGCGAUAACGGAUAAACAUAUAAGACUAAUGAUAUUAUAAUGGCUUUAUUUACUUGAGCGUGUUAGUUAUGUUGGUAGGUAAUAAUAUGAGUGUAGCAACAUUUUGUAAUAAAAAGUAAAAUACAAUAAGCAUCUAUUUAACUACCUAUUGAAUAGGUACGUAUAUUGGCCUAUAAAGGUUUAGUAAUGGUUUAGUAAUGGCAUUCGUUUCAUCACAGCGCCUUGUAUAUGGCUAGAAUUGGCCAAGCUCGACUGAGACUGAAAUGAAGUAUUCUCACCGAGCAACGCAUAACUGAAUAUCUCAAGCCUUGGAGCUUCAGGGCCCGGCUCGAGUAGUUAAUUACUACGAAAUUUUACUAGCCCUGCCACCAAACUAUGCGUUACCGAGUAUUAACUUAAAAUCUUUUUCAGAAAGAAAUAGGUACCUACGUAAAAACAAAUAAGUACCACGAAAUGAAAAGCAGAUACAAUAAUAGGCAGAGCCUAAAUAGCUCAACAGUUAAAGAAACGCACUGAAAACCGAAAGGUCGCCGGUUCAAACCGUACCUACUCCUAACACAAGCAUAAACGCUUAUUUGGAGGGGAAUAUUGCUGGCGAAUAUUCUUUAAAUAAUAUAUAUACCUACCUACAUUAUAUUCAUCGUUUACAGUUUAAUUUUUUUUAAUAGUGCAUAUUAUUUAGUAGGUAGGUAAAAAUAAUGCACCCAUAUUAUUAUGUAGUAGAUCUCGAAGGUGAAAAUGAAUGUUGCAUUUUUUUUAAUUUUUAUUUUAUUGUAUUAAUCAUGUUUACCUAUUAUAUUACUUAUCUAUUAUUUAUUUAUUACCUUCACGCUUUUUAAUGAAAUAGAUUAAAGAUUGUGGAAGUUAUUUCGUUUUUGUAGUUAUAUUGUGUAGUUCUGUGUUUAAUGAUAUUGCACAUAUUAUUAAAUUAACUAGAUUUUAUAUGUUACUUGUUUUUUUUUUUUGUUUUAGAAACUUGAUAUAAUUGGCAGGCGUACCUACUGUAAAACGCACUUUGAGCGUUAGUUGUAUCUAUACAUUUUGUAUUGACGCUUGUUACAUCAAGUUCCUAUUUUUUUCUCAUUUCAUUGAUCUGAAAAAGAACAUCAUUGGGCGAUAGCGAAAGUAAGAAUAUACUCAGGUACCUACUUAAUAAAAUCAAUGUAUAGUUACUCUGCGAGCGAUUGUUUUAUCAAAAACUGUUAUGAAAUCGAACUACAGCCAAAGAAAAACAGAUUAACAUGUGAAAUUAAAGUAGGUUAUUAUAAAACCCUGCCACUAUGUACUCAUGUACCAAUGUUAAAUAAAUAAAAAACUUGACAGUAAUUGCUUUAAUAUAAUCGUAUUCCGCGCAAGCUUUCGCCUAAUAGGCAGGCUAUUAGACGAAGCCUUACAUCACCCAGUCUUAAUUUUCUUUAUGUAUUUUGUUCCUCUUUAUAUGGAGACGGUAGGUCAACUUUUUAUCACAAUUAGCGUAAGUAUCGAUUUCAAUUUCAUAUUCAAGCUGUUCAUCUGUGUUUUAAAUACCGACACAACAAAUCUUCACUUAUCUACUGUCGCGGUUCAAUAUUCAAUCUAUCUGUACCUACUACUUAAUAUUAUAUCCAUAAGUUAUUAAUCGAGAUUUUGGCAAAAUAACAACAUUGCUAGUAAGUCAUCGACAGAUCACGUGUUACAGUCUAGACACCUAGAUUGAAUAUUCAAACCGGACGGGGGUAAUUAUUAUCUAGAUAUAUAAAAAUGUGUACCUAUUUAGUUAAAACUCAAUCACAAUUGCUCCAAAGCUAAUAAGUAAUAACUUAAGGUAGGUACGUGGAAAUAAAGAAGGCAUUUUAAUGUUGUUCCAAGUCCUUUUGUUGGGGAAUUUUUAGUCUGAGAGCCUGUAGGAAUUUUUCUGGAAGUGCUUGAUAAAAACUGAGUUUGUAGUUCCCAUGCGUUUCCUUUGUGUGGUAGAUGAAGUAGAUCUCCCAGAUCAAAUUUCCUAAGGGUUCUCAGGCCCAGUUGGGCUCACAUGUCGUCAAUAUAGGUUUAGUUCCUAUAUAAAUUAAAAGAUUUUUUUUAAACAUCUUUGUUAAAAUUUUACUAAGCCACGAAUCAAUAGUUAUGAGUUAAUCUAUUAUUAUAAUUAUUUUAACUGUCAUGGAGAUCAUUUUUAUCAAUUUAAGUAUAUUAAUUUUUAUUUUAAGUUACCUAUUUUUUUUAGAAUCAGCGCUAUUAAUUGUGAUGCUAAUUUAGAUUAUUUUAAAAAUAGACAUUUUAAUAAAGACACGAAUGAAUUUUC